AUGGCCAUCCCGGCCGUAAGACGAAGCCGUUGGGGCCCCGAGAAUCCGGCCACGCGGCUGGCCGGGCUGCCGACCGCCAUCACGGCGCCCAUGACAAGCGAGCAGCUCGACGCCUACGUGCUGCACGUGCGCAUCGAGGAUAUCACGCGCCGCCUGGAGACGGAUGAUGCCGUCUCAACGACAGUAACAACGAGUGCUGACCGAGAUCGCAGGUCCCUGAGCCCGCCGCCGCAGUACGACGGCGCGGGCCGGCGCAUCAACACGCGGCACCGCCGCCACCGCGACCGCCUGGAGCAGAAGCGCCACGAGCUGGUGCGGCCCGCCGCGGCCACGAUCCCACGGUACCGCGCGCCCGCCGGUUACCACGCCCAGGCCCGGGGUCGGCCGCCGCGGGCGCUGUUCGAGGACAAGGUCUACAUCCCGUCACGGGACUUCCCUGAGACUAACUUCAUCGGCCAGCUGCUCGGCCCGCGGGGCCGGAGCCUUGCUGACAUGAACGCAGAAUCCGGGGCCGCCAUCGCCAUCCGCGGCUGGGGUUCGACUAAGGAGGGGAGGACGGGCGCUAGGGGUGGCCGCCAGUACACGGACUCGAGCGAGCCGCUGCACUGCCUGAUCACGGCGGACGCGCCUGUCAAGGUGGCCCGGGCCAAAAAGCUGGUGCAGGACGUCAUCGAGGGGGCCGUCGGUACGCCGGAGCAUGAGAACGAGCGGAAGCGGCGCCAGUUGCGGGACCUGGCCGUCGUGAAUGGCACGUUCCGCGACGACGAGGGCCGAGGUUUGCGGCGCGGUGAGCCGGCUGGUGUGUCCUGCCGUGUCUGUGGAGGGGGCCAUCUCUCUCGGGACUGUCGAGGGAGCGGUACCACGAUUGCCCCAUGGCGGAGGUCCAAAACGAGAACAGCAACGGCCGAUCCUGUGGAUGUAGCAUGCUCUCAAUUUCUGUCAGAGUUGUGA